GAUGAUGAUGAUGAUUGACGGAUGAAGAGCAUGUUUUCCCGCGCUCCAGAGUCAGUCGCAUGAACCCGUUUGCCUGGAUAUGAACGAUGAGUGUAUUCCGAGAUUUGAGGUGAUUGAAUCAAACUCGCUUCUUCAUCAUGGACCCGCAUCUCCUCACACUCUUCAAACUUUCGCUGAUUUUCGCAGUGAAGGCGCUGGUGGCCAGAGCUUUAUCAGGCGGCGCUGACCCGCCCGUCACACACACACUGCAGAUCCAGUGUAACCAGAGUCUUCUUCUGCUGGAGAUGGACAGAUGUGGAGAGAGAUUCACUGCAGACAUGAAGCUGAUCCAUCCAGACGACAGAUGCAACCUCACACAUUUCAUCAGGGAGUAUCACAUGUUCUCGUUCUGCACGGAGGCGAACGCCGAGCGCAUCGGCUGCUUCUGGCCGAACCCGCAGGUGGAGCGCUUCAUCAUCAACCUCCACCAGCGCUUCUUCUCCAACUGCACGCUGGACCCGCUGGUGUUCCUGGACCCGCCCGAACACACACUCACCCUCCUCAUCCUCAUCCCCGUCUUCCUCACGCUGGCCAUGGUGGCGCUGGUGGUGUGGAGCAGCAAGCGCAGCGACGUCCUGGCCUAGGGUCAGAGGUCACGUGACUCUUUAUUCCAGCCAGACGCUUCAGUCCUGAAUCACUGAAUCGGUUCCAGCGUGAGUGAACCUGCGCCAGGAUCUCCGGAUCGUCGGCUGUUAUUUAAUGUUUUAAUUAAAUAAGGUAGAAUUAGGCCGUUUGUGAAAGUGUUUGUCGAGUCAGUUUGAGCGUUCAUUAUCAGUCCGACACACAGCGCCGGUUCAUUCAUCUAGUGAUGGUGAGCUUGUUUUCUUCUCUGAUCAUUGAAAUGAACGGAUUCCUGUGAAACACAACGACUGCUGUGAUCCGAGGAAAACACGGGAAAGCAGGAAUGUUCGAACCCAGCGAGAGCUCGGCCAAUCGCGGCUCUUUCAGGAGGACGGAUUAUUUAUAUGAGGAGGAAAAGCCGUGUAUUGUGUGCGACUUAAGGAUACAAACAAAAGACAAUAGUAGCUCUUGAGCGCCUGGCCUCGUACUCUGCAGAACGAGCGAGUCAGAGCCGCAGGAAGGAUAUAAACGUCUUUCCCAUCGCGCCGAUGAAUGACAGGAAACGGGUUGGUUAUGACUUCACCAAAAGAGCUGCACAAUCAUAAACCACUGCUUCGACGGGUCUUCAUCACACACACACACACACACACACACAUGAAUGUCAGAUGAAUGCAUUUAAAAUCCAUUUGGAUUAUAAUCUCAAUGUUCAUGCCUAAAUGAAACACAGAAAAUCAUGGCAUAGCUCAUUAUCAACUAUCAUGUUUUCAAAAUGUAUUUAUUCCAAUUGUAGGAUCAACAUAAAUAUGUUUAUUAAGAAAAUGUAUUCAGGUCAAAAAAGUAUGAACUUUGGAAAAAUAAUGACUGCAUGGAAAAAGCUAUAUUCAGUUAGUUAAAACACACGAGAUUAGCUGAUGAUAAAUAUAUGAAGCUGGUUAAACACAUUUCAGAAAUCUGACCUGUUUCAUUUAUAAAUGACUGACAAGUUUGCAUCAGAUUAAAGGGUCGGUUCACCCAAACAUGAAACUCGUACCAAAGCAUGUACGGUAUAACUUCAUUUCUCAAUGUAACACAGAAGAAGAUGCUUCGAAGAAUGUUGGUGACCAUUGACGUUAUCGUUGUGUGUUUAGAGCUGCUUUAAAGUCAUCAUUCUCCUGUUUAUCACUCUAAAGCUGCUUUAAAACAAUCUCUAUCUCUGUAGAAAUAAAGCUGACUUCUCAGAAAGAAAUAAAGUCGUUCAGGUUUGAAAAAAAAAAAACGUUGACCGAAUGAUUUUUGGAUGAAGUAACCCUUUAAGUUUUUUAUCCAAAUGCAUAAAUCUUGAAUGCCUGAAUAUGUGAGGCCUGGUUUCCAUCCAUGUGUGUUAUCGGAGCAGAAGAGUCGACUCUGAGUGUUUUCGCAGCCGAACGCCUCCAGCUCUUCCUGUUGACUCUAGAUUCCCACACUACUGUGUGCAAGUUCACAGAGCCACAACCAAGCUAAUUUUAACAGGUUUCCGUCAGACGAGCGUUUCUUCCAUGAGUUAGAUAAUAAAUGAUCGGAUUUAUUCUGUUUGGGCCUUAUUUAUUCUGAGCUGUCGCUGUGAUUCUGAGCACAUUCAGUUGAUUCAUAAUUCACGUUGCAGUGUUUAUUUUGAAGGCUGGUGUUUAUAGAGAACUAUAAACAUUUCAUCGGAAGAAACUAGGCCUGUCUUUAAUA